GGGCGGAGCAAGAGGAGGAAGCCGGGGCCAGGGCAGCUGCGCAGGAGGCGAGCACCGGGCGGCGGGGAGAGCGGAGUGGGGACCCCGCGGCCGCGAAGCGCGGGGACGGCGCUGCGCGGCGGUCGCGGAAGGACGCGGGCUCCGCUCGGCUUGGCGGGCGCCGGGGCGCGGCUUGCGCCGGAUCCCUACCUGCGCAGACACCGAGUCCACGAGUAAGCUGAGUGCACUCACCAAGAAGAGAAGCAAGGACAAAGUCACCAUGGCUUCAGUGUCUACUCACGGAAACCAAGAUAAAGGCCACCAUUUGCCACCACCAAGCAAGCAGAGUCUGUUAUUUUGUCCAAAAUCAAAACUGCACAUUCACAGAGGAGAGAUUUCGAAGAUUAUCCGAGAAUGUCAAGAAGAAAGUUUCUGGAAGAGAGCUCUGCCUUUUUCUCUUGUGAGUAUGCUUGCCGCCCAAGGACUAGUCCACCAAGGUUAUUUAGCAUCUAACCCAAGAUUUGGAUCAUUGCCCAAGGUUGCGUUUGCAGGUAUCUUGGGAUUUGCCCUUGGAAAGGCGUCAUACAUACGAGUAUGCCAGAGUAAAUUCCAUUCUGUUGAAGAUCAGCUACGUGGGGCUGGUUUUGGUCCAGGGCAUAACAGGCACUGCCUGCUCACCUGUGAGGAAUGCAAAAUUAAGCAUGGAUUAAAUGAGAAGGGAAGUUCACAGCCUUCGGCUUCCUAAACUUGUACCUGUGGCUUUUGAUGUUUCUUAAACCUCUGAGUUUGGACACAUUUAAAAUUUCAAGUGUACUUUAAAAUAAUAUAAGUAUAGUGGCACAGAAACAUUGUGGUUCUCUCACCCUUUUGAAAUGCUUUCUGUGGAAUAGCCUCUGUUGAAUUGAGCAGUAUGCAUUUGUCGGCUAUUUGAGAACAUGUCCAGAGCAGUACACACCAAAAAAGAAAUUAUGUGGCACCCCUUAACUUGCUUACAGCUAAGUUGAAAAAACA